GCUAUCGCUAAGAUGAUCAUCUUAAGAUUACUGCUAGCAGUUACAAUAUCUCUGGCAAAUGCUAGUCUGGUUGACGCCUUUUUCUGGGGCUGGCGUCGGCCCUAUUAUAGGCGGACCGCAGCUACAACUACUGCCACUACUAGCGGUUCGACAUCAUCGAGCGCUACCGCAUCAAACUACGCGAUCAAGAUCGGAGAUCGGGAAAACACCUUCGCUAACCUCACCGACUCGGGAACGAUGCUCUCCAAUAUACAGAUCAAUUUGGCCGCAUUCAAUGGAACCACGGUAGUCGAUAGGACACGCGACGAUUGGUUCAGUAAUGUGAUUCUGCAGCUGGCACAUGAAUACCAAAUAAAGGCAACGGAUGUAGUCUUCGAACAUCUAGCAUGGAUUGAGAGGACUACUGUGGAGGCGUUCGUGUUUGCUACCGAAUUGCGGCAGCAGAUCGUCGAAUCGGGAGGAUUUCUGGAGGAAUUCGUGGAAUCAAUUCGGACAAACAUACACAACGUCCCGGCAGAGCGUUGCUCGGGAGGAAAGCAGUUUGCUGAUGAGACCAUCCAGUCAAUACGGAACCAUAGCGGAUAUGACUGUCUGGAAGAGCGCCUUCGACAUUUAAUUCAAUUGGGGAACGCAGCAACGUUCAAUCUAACGGAGUUGCUCAAUACUCUAGGUAACCCGGAGGACCAUCAACUGAGGGAAUGCGAAGAUGUGCAUAAUAAUGGCGAUACAGGAGCUGGCAGUUUGAACCGAUUAGCCUGUGUUACCUCGGCUAUACUGAAGUUAAAAGAGAAGAUCCUUAAGCUCGAAUAUGCCGCUUACCAGAUGACAGCGGACGCUGAGUCAGCACUAUAUCGGGCGAAGGCUAAUAUACUAGAAUGUGUAGCUGAUCUAACAUCGUACGUCUUCAAAGUGUCACUGCGGUUAUAUGGUUGGAUCACCAAUUGUGGUAGCGGUCGUCAUAUAUAAUAAAUAAUUUGACCCGGUUUCCCAGAAGACACAUCUUUACCUACUCGGAAUUGUUUGGUUGCGGAAUUUCACCUAUGUAUGAGUGGGUUGGAAUCAAUCUUGAAUGCGAAUCAUCAUCUGUUAUGUUUUCGUUUUGGAACUGCAUACGUGGAACACGGACGAAGAUUUUUUUCCCGGAAUAGAUAUUUCGAUUUCGAUUCUGCUCUCAUAGGAAGAUGAACAAUCUAUCAGUUUUCUUUUAAGUUAUUUUGUUUCUUAAUGGAGUGAAUGGAACUAUUGGGAUUCGAUUCCUGAUUGAUUGUCGCAAUGAUAACAAACACGAUUACUUGAUAGGGAGCAUAUCGUUGUGCCGUAAUUUUUGAAAUAUAACCCUUUUUCGUAACCAGCCUCGUUAUUCAAUAGCCAUACCUCGUAGAUACCUAUUAUACAGCUAUUGCCACUCUGUCUUGAAUGAAAUCUUUGAUGAGUAAUGUACUGUUGUAUGAAAAAAAUCGGUUUCAAAAUGUCAGGUUGUCAAUUCUCCUUAACACGUUCGUCGCCCAACGCGACAUUUUUGAUUUCCUUGCCGGACCCAACUUGCGGAUAAAUUAUUUAAUGAAGAUCAAACUUAAUUUUAGCCAACUUUUACAUUAUCUAGCAAUAUGUGACGUAAUUUGUAAUUGUAAUUUGAAGACGAAUUGACAACAAUAACACAUGCCAGAGUCAUAUUAUAAGGGUUUCGCAAAAAGCUACAGUACAAAC